AUGCCCAAAGGAAAAGAAGCAAAAGGGACAAAGUUGACCCUCAAGGCAGCAAAAAAUGCUAUACAAAUUACCCGGGACGGAAGGCGUAGACUCAUCCUUAGUAACAUGGGUUUAACCAUAUUCCCAAAGUGUCUUUUCAAGCUGACCAAUGUGGAUGAACUGGACCUUAGUCGCAACCAGAUACAGAAGCUUCCUGAUAACAUCGGUGACUUCUCAUCACUCAGAUGGCUAGAUCUGCAUAGUAACAAGCUAGAGUCUGUGCCUGAGUCCAUUGGCAACCUGGUGGGACUGACCCACCUAAACCUUGCAAAUAACUACCUAACUUCUGCAAGCUUACCCUCCUCACUGGGUUCUCUCUCCAACCUGAAGAGUCUCAAUCUUGGAAUGAACCAGCUGGAUGCCUUGCCUCCCACCAUGGAGCGUUUAGUUGAUCUUCAAGAGUUAGCUCUGUUUGAUAACCUUUUUGUCAAGUUGCCCGACUUUGUGAAAAUCCUACGCAAACUUACUAAGUUGAAUGUGACACGUAAUCCUCUCACGCAUGUUAAGGAAAAAAAUGAGAGGAUGAAGAAGAAAAUGGCCGAACCCAAAGAAGAAGUGUACUUGAUCCAUGAAAGCAGCCUGUGUCAGACAUGCCUUCAGAAAUGUAAAGCCCAAAGGGAAAGGAUUACAAUGAGAGGAAGAGGUGAUGGCAGUACUGUGUUUCAUGUGAAAAAGAAAAAAGCCUUUUCUGGAUUGUUGACUCCUAACUCAGUGGCCUCAGUCACUCAGGAUGUGUGGAGAGUGAAAGACAAGGUGAAAAACAAGAAAAUCAAAUGA